AUGUCGUGGUGGGACUCCAUAACAGGUCGCAAGGCCACUACUUCUGCUUCUUCAUCUGGAGUUAUUGCAGAGCCACAUGAUGUUUUCGUACCAGCUCCUUUCGAUCCUAGUACUGCUGCCGAUGUCUCUUCCUUCCUUAACACCUCGGCAUUCGACCCCUCCACCUUACAUCCACUGGCUGGCCUAGAUGAAGGCUUGGAAUACUUAAAACUCGAAGAUGAAGCACUUUCAGACCUCCCAGGAACUAAUUCCUUCCUACCCUCGAGAGGGUGGAGUGACGAUCUUUGCUAUGGUACUGGUACAACAUAUCUCGCAGCCUUAUCGAUAGGCGGCGCAUGGGGUUUUGUCGAGGGUGUCAGCAGGAGCCCGCCAAUGGCCCCGCCAAAGCUGAAGCUCAACAGUAUUCUUAACGGAAUGACACGGCGAGGGCCUUUUAUGGGAAAUAGUGCCGGUGUAAUUGCGAUGGUGUACAACGGUAUCAAUAGCACAAUUGGUUACGCAAGAGGGAGGCACGAUACUGCGAACAGUGUUGUGGCCGGUGCGCUGAGUGGGGCAAUUUUCAAGAGCACGAGAGGUGUACGACCAAUGCUUAUCGCUUCUGGUAUCACCGGCAGCGCCGCCGGUAUCUGGGCCGUCUCGAGAAAGGCUUUCCUUUAA